AUGGGUGAUUACCCCCCACUCUCCAAUUUCUGGUCGAAGUUGAGCCCUCUUCAAGAUUACCCAUCUCCAAACCCUCCUCCUCCUCCAAGCGAUCAAAGGCAAAGCAGCAAUAUUGAUCCUUUCUUCCACUACAAAACCAGCUGCUCAUCGCCUCCUGUUAUGGAAGCGUUGCCACUAUUGACCCUGAGUCCCACAAGGCUGAAUAAAGAAGAUGAGUGUUCAUUGAGCACAGCCAGCACCAAAGGGAAAGAGGACGGUCGUGGGCUACUUUUCACCAACACAAGUGCAACAGAAGAUGAAAUAGUUAGAGUUGCACUGCAUAUAGGGUUACCAAGCCCUACUGCUUCAGAGUUGGCUUCUGUUCUUUCAUCUUUCUCGGACAAAGAUGGCCAUGAUUCUUUUGGGUUCACAGUUAAGAGGCUCAACAAGGGACAGUAUUGGAUCCCUACCCCUUCUCAGAUUCUUGUUGGCCCUACUCACUUCUCUUGUCCUCUUUGCACCAAAACCUUCAAAAGAUACAACAACAUGCAAAUGCAUAUGUGGGGGCAUGGAUCUGAGUAUAGGAAAGGGCCUGAAUCACUAAGGGGAACCCAACCGACGGAAAUGUUGAGGCUUCCCUGCUAUUGUUGUGCACCAGGGUGCAACAACAACAUUGACCAUCCAAGAGCCAAGCCUCUCAAAGAUUUUAGAACCCUUCAAACUCAUUACAAGAAAAAGCAUGGGAUCAAGCCAUUUACCUGUAGGAAAUGCUGCAAGGCAUUUGCUGUGAGAGGAGAUUGGAGAACCCAUGAAAAGAAUUGUGGGAAGCUCUGGUACUGCAUUUGUGGCUCCGAUUUCAAGCACAAAAGAUCUCUUAAAGACCACAUAAAGGCUCUUGGGAAUGGCCAUGCUUCUAAUGGCAACGAUGGCUCGGAGGAAGAUGAUGAGCCUACUUCUGAAGUGGAAGAAGAUAAUGACUCUAUACAAUAUAAAGAAAAGAUACGAAUCAGUGAUUAAUUAAUUUUCUAAUAAU